GGAUGCACAGAUUUAAAAUUACCUACUGCUAGGAAAACAUCGCAAUGCAAGGUGUCCAACAGAAGCGUAAACAUGGAGCUGCAAAAUCCAAAAUCUAAUGAGGACAAUGACGAAGGAUGCAUUGAAUUCAACGCCUCUUUGCAGAUAAAGGCUGAAGAAAUUGAAAUAAUAGAUGCACCGCUUGAAAUGGAAUCUGGACCUCCGACUGAAAAUGAUGUCAGCUGUUUAUCAUUUCACUGUGACAUUUGUGGCAACACUUUCGGUUUGAAAUCCACGCUAAAAGAGCACCGCUUGAUUCACAUGAAAGGGAAUUCUCUCAAAUGCGAAUCUUCUGAGACAAAAUUUUCUACGUUCGCAUCGCACUGGAAUGAACAACCUUCCAACAGUGAUCUGUGUGAAAAAGAAAAUUCUUCAAAUAGCGAACUUGAAUCUCAGGAGCUAAUUAGCAACGUUGAAAAACCUUAUAAAUGUAACAUAUGCGGAAAAGGCUAUACUACGUUCGGUCGCCUUAAUGCACACCUUAAAACUCACAAUGAAAAAUCUCACAAAUGUGCAAUGUGUGAGAAAGUAUUUUCCACAAUGACCCAACUCAAAGCACAUAUGAGGAUUCACACGGAUGAAAAACAAUACCAAUGUGAAUUGUGUGCAAAAAGAUUUCGUUUGCCCGCCCAGCUCAAGGUACACACGUAUAUUCACUCCGAUGCUCAACGAUUCAGCUGUGAUGUGUGUGGGAAAGGAUUUUCUAUGCCCAGCAAACUUGAAACUCAUAAGCUAAACCACACCAACGAAAGGCCCUUUAAAUGCGAUAUUUGUUCGAAAGGCUUUCGCCUGCGUUGUCAGCUCACAAUACAUGCAUUUGUUCACACAGAUAUUCAAAAAUGCAACUCGGUUGGGAAACUUUACAAAUGUGAUGUGUGUGAGAAAGCAUUUCGUAGAAUCGGUUAUCUCAAUGUACAUAAGAAAAUCCACUCGGAUGAAAAACCACACAUGUGUGAAGUGUGUGGAAAAGGAUUUCGUACGCGCUGUGGGAUGCAAACACACAUGUAUUCUCACUCAGCCACGAAAUUGUACGGCUGUGAUGUGUGCGGGAAACGAUAUACUACGCCCAGCAACCUCAAAUGGCACAAGAAAAAACAUAAAAGCAAGAACGCACGAACUCUCAACAGUGAUUUAAGUGGAAAGGACGAUUCUUCGUGCAACAAACUUGAAUCGCGCAAGCUAAAUCGCAAUGUAAAACCUCACAAAUGUGACAUCUGUUCAAAACACUUCCGCCUACACAAUCAGCUCAGAGCACACGCAUUGGUUCAUACAGAGCAGAAAAAUUACAGCUGUGAAAUAUGUGCGAAAGAAUUCAAAUUUCCCGGUAGCCUGAACCGCCAUUUUAGAAUUCACACAAAGGAAACGCCGUUCAAAUGUGAAAUAUGUGGUAACGAAUUUCGAGAAAACGACAUGCUACAAAAGCAUAUGUUUGUGCACACCGAUGCGAAACCAUACAGUUGUGAGGUGUGUGGGAAAAGAUUCCGUUUUCGCUAUAUCCUCGCCAAUCACAUGUUGUCAAUUCACUCAAACGAAAAAAUAAAAAAAUGUGACACGUGUGAUCAACGAUUUAUGUAUCAAAAACCCUUCAAUAGACACAAAUUAAAGUGUGGAGUACAAGAUAGAACUGAAGUGAUGUAGAAUACGUAAUACUAAUAAAUUAACUAAUUUGUGUAAAUCAGAUGUAUUCAAAACUUCCUUUUACCAAAUACAAAGAUUAGAUCGCGAAAAAUUUAUAAUUUGGCAAGAUAACUGUUCCUGUAGCAAGAAAACCAGCGUUUUUCGUGACAGAUAACACUACUGUUGGGGCGACUUACGUGGGGUUCCGUAUUCAGAGGAUUUUCUUCCGUCUAUCUCUUGGGACGGCCCAGGGUGAUCAUCGGUGAGCACCGAAUUCUUCCGCAAUCACUACACUACCAAGGUCCCCUUUUUAACUGUUCAUCGAUUGGGUAUGCCGACUUGCAACCCUUUCUUUGCUUCACUGGGGCUUGCCUUAUUUUACUUGACUUGCUACUGCUCGAGAUUUAUCGUUUACAUACGGCUCACAAAACGUAUAAACUGUACUACACUUCAAGUUUCCCGGGAAUCGGUAGGUUUGUUCCAGUAUACGGAAGUCACUCCGGAGUAAACAGGAGCAAAAAAUCUUUGCUCCUUUUUACUCCGGUUUGCUACCAGAAGAAGAAAGAGAAGAAGAGAGUGCAGGAACGAUAUUCUCCGGAGUACUUCCAGUUUCUCCUGGUACUGGAACAGACCUGGUGUAAUAAAUAUACCAUACAUAACUAGACUCACUGUUCUCCAUUCACCCACAGGACCAGCUAAGUAGCAGCUCAUGUAAACAAAAAUAUAAUCCUGUUAAAAAUAAGUGUAGCUUAGAAAUGAGACGAUGUUUGAUGGUCAUAUUCGAAGCAAAAACAAAUUUUUAUUUGAAAAACUUUUCAAAACGGCAAACCCGCUUCAAGUUACAAUUGCACCU